AUGCCCCGACACCGCCUUCCACCAAAUCUUACCAUCUCUCAAAUUGAACUUGAAGAUGUAGUAUCCACAGCUGAGGUAACCGUCGCGGCCCUUUCUCUGGAUGCUACGCAAUCAUACUUUGUGGCGCAAGUGCCGGUCCGGGCCAACGGGGUCAAUAUGCUAGCUUUGGUAGACACCGGCGCCGGGGUAACCGUCGCCAGUCAGUCCCUAUUGCCUUUACUUGGUAUCUUCGUAUUGGAACCGUGUCGGACACCAGCGGCCGUGGGAAUGGCAGGGAUCCCCGUUCGGUUCGUUGGGGCUGCUACCAUCACCUUCCAAUUGGGACAUCAGUCACUGGAUCACCUAGUGCACUUCACGGAGACCGACUGCACACCGAGAGCAGCUGACGCCUAUAACAUCAUUCUAGAUCACUUGGCUAAGGACAUAGCACUCCUCACAGAGGGUUCGCUCCUGACCGAGGACCACGUUAUGGUCGCCCCAGCCGUAUCUCGAGCCGCUUCUCCGAAGCUGUUCCUCAGCAACCCAACCGACACACCGAAGGUCAUUUAUAAGGACCAACAUCUCACCACGGCGCAUCCGGUUGUGGAAUUACCCAAUGGAUCCAUCGUGGAUCUUUAUCAGCAUUUUUAG